AUGGACAGCCUGGAUGAGUGCAUUGAUAGGUUGGUGCAGGUCAUCGAUGCAAAGAUUGGGGAGAAGUUUGCAGUGAUAGACUUCGCGGAACUUGCCACAUUCUUCACACUGGAUGUUAUUACGGAGCGUGGUUAUGGAAAAACAUUCGGCUACCUCAGUAGCCAGACAGAUCUGUACCACUAUAUCAAAGUCAUUGAAAACUCAGUGGCCUUUAUGACCUUAGCUUCAAACUGGCCAAGACUUCGUAGUCUCGUAUCCAAAUCAUUGGAGUGGCCUAUAGCGCGCACAUUCAUAUACAAGCUAUGCGGACUGGAGGAGCUCGUUAGGGCUGUGGACCAGCAGGUGGAAAAUGAGUUUUCCGAUCUUCCUUCACAGAAUACCGUGAGAAGUCCAGAAAAAGCCACUAUGCUUCAGCUUUUUAAAGAAAAAGGUAUGACGAAGGAGCAAGCCAAAGUUGAAGCUCUAUUCCUACUGACGGCUGGUUCUCAUUCAACGGCCACGGCUAUCCGAAUGAUCAUGCUUCAUGUGAUUACAUCUCCACAUAUUAUGGGCCGACUAAGACAAGAGCUGCAUAAGAAUAGCGAAGGAUGUGAAUACCUCAAUGCCUGUGUUAAGGAAGGACUAAGAAUAUUCCCGCCAUUCCCUGGUCUGCUGAUGAAAGAAAGGAUAUCGAAAACGAAAGCCAGUAACAGCGAUAAACGCGAUGUGGACAGCAAGGUUCAGGAUGUAAACAGUAAUAUUCGGAAUCUACCUUUAGGCGUCGAGAUUGGUUAUAAUAUAGUGGGGGUUCAGCGCAAUCCAAAAAUAUUUGAAAACCCUGAAGUCUUUGAUCCUGAUCGUUGGCUGAUCAGCGACCCUGGCAAACACCAUGAGAUGGAUGCGGCACUAAACCUUGUCUUUGGCCAGCGAGGAUCCUGGGGUUGCCUUGGGCAAAAAAUGGCUUUUCAGGAGAUAAGUCAAGUCUUGCUCGAGGUAAUGUUUGACCUGUGUAAAUUUAUGAAUUGUAUGCUGACCCGCGAUCUUGCAGCUAUUCAAACGCUUUGA